AUGUUCAUCAAACAAUUUGUUGGUCAAGAAAAUUUGCAAAAAGCUAAUGAACUAUUCGAGAAAGUUAGGCAAAGUUUAAUUGAAAUGUUCCAAGAAAAUACAUGGAUCGAUAAAAAACUUAUACCAUUUUUAAUUGAAGAAGUGAAUGAGAUGAAAAUAUCGAUGGGAAUUCCGGAUGAAUAUAAAAAUUUGAAAAAUAUUGAUAAAAUGUAUGCGAAAAUUGGAGAAGAUUAUAAAAAUCAAUCAUAUUUGACACUUGUUAGAAAUUUAUUGAAAAUGAACAGCGAAGAAACAAUUUUAAGAGUUGCAAGAAUGGAACAAAUUACCUAUGCAAAAUCACAACCAAAAGGAUUGUCUUUGAUGCAAACUGCACAUAUAUCACAUCCAGGUCAUAGAAUAAGUAAGUUUUAUCUGACAAUUUCAUGAAAAUAUUGAUUUUUAUGAUUGUUUCAGCAUAUCCGGCAUCCCGUUUAAAUGUCCCAAUAAUGCACAAAAGUCUACCCGAAUGGGUUAAUAUUGGAUCAAUUGCUUUCAAUAUGGCACAUGAAUUAGGACACGCUUUUGAUUCAAAUAGAUUUUUCAAAAAUAAGUUUCAAACAAAUUAUAAUUUAUCGAUUGAUUCGACAAAAACCGAAUUUUCCAAAAGAUUGAAAUGUGUGGAAAAACAAUUUGAUCAAUUUCAAUUUCCAGAUGGAACUUUUGUAAGUUUGAAAAAAACUUAUGAAAUUCUUGAAAACUAAAAUUUUAUUUUUUCAGUCGAAAGGCUCCCGUACAAUCAAAGAAGAUAUAUCUGACAAAAUCGGAUUUGAUAUUGCUUUUCGAAUUUUCAAAAAACUGGAAUCAAAUUCAACAUUUCAACAACUUCCCGGCCUCGAAAAUUUCACUCCGGAACAAUUAUUUUUUCAAAGAUUGGGACAAGUUUGGUGCACGAAAAAAAUGACAAACGAAAAAAUUCGGAGUUUUGGAAAAGAUGUACACAGUGCUCCAAAAUUUCGGACUAAUGGAAUGAUGCAGAAUUCGAAGGAUUUUUCGAGAGCUUUUGGUUGUGAAUUGGGAAGUCCGAUGAAUCCGAAGAUAAAAUGUCAAAUUUUUGAUGAAUAA